GCUGAGCCUGAGCUGGCUGCAAUCGCUCCUCUUUCCUUUCACGCUCCUUUAUUCGUAUUUAUUUUGCAUCUGGCGGGUCGCUAGGAUGUACACCUUCUCUGUCGCUCUUAUGACCCUCCUUGUGAAGCUAGCGGCCUCACAGCAGAUCUUCGACGUAUAUCAGACAACGCACGACCAAAACCACCUAUUUUCCGCCGUUGGGCCAGGCGUUGCAAGCCCAAUCAAUUUCGAGACGUCUGGGACUAGCGCCAGCGCCGACAUCGUUAUAGACGAGAAUACCGUUUACCAGUCCAUUGCAGGAUACGGCGCUUCUCUGACCGAUGCGUCUGCGUCAGUGCUGAACGGCCUCAAGACUGCGAACAAAGACAAGUACGGAGAACUGCUGAACAAGCUGUUCGACGUAUCCGACACCAACGGCAAUGCCGGGCUCACCUACCUUCGCGUCCCCUUGGGCGCGACCGACUUCUCCGCGAACGUCUGGAGCUUCGAUGAAACGGAUGGGGACACCGCGUUGGAUCACUUCGACGUGAACAACGCUCCGGCCGAGCUCUUCUCCGUCAUUCAGGACAUUCUAUCUGUGAACCCGGAUAUCAAGAUCCACAUUCUACCGUGGUCUCCACCAGGUUGGAUGAAGGACACGGGUACGAUGAAGGGUGGUGUUUUGAAGGAUGAGUACCAGGAUGUUUUCGCCAACUACCUCCUUAAAUGCCUUCAGGCAUUCAAGGACAAAGGCAUCACCGCGUACGCCAUCUCCAUCCAAAACGAACCCGAGAAUAACAACGAUUCGCUGCCAUCCACCGUCUACACCGCCGCUAAGGAGGCGGCCGUCGGGAAGGCGCUUCGCAGUCUGAUGGACAAGAACGGCUUCAAUAAUGUCAAGCUUAUCGGGUACGAGCACAACUGGGACCACGCGGCGGAGUACCCAGUGCACCUGCUCGACGCAGCCCCCGACGCGUUCGCGGGCGUGUCCUUCCACUGCUAUCGCGGUACGGUGGAUCAGAUGGAGGAGUUCUAUGAGAAGUACAAGGAUAAGGAGAUCUAUAUGACGGAGUGCACUGGCACGUCGGAUACCGACUGGUGGGCCGAUGUCAAGUGGACGACGCAGAUUCUAGGGAUCGACGCGUUGAAGCAUCAUGCCAUGGCCAGCCUUUACUGGAACCUUGCCCUUGACGAGAACGGCGGCCCUCAACUUGACGGCGCAUCCAGCUGCGACCACGAGGGCGGCUGUACAGGUCUGGUCGAGGUCAAGUCAAACGGCACCUAUGUGCUUCGCCGGCAAUACUACGCCCUCGCCCAGCUCUCGAGAGCCAUCCUUCCGAAGGAUGCUGGCGGCCCCUUCGGCAAGCGCAUCGGCGUCAGCGUCACGGGCGACCAGAGCUGGGCCCUCGUCGUCGGCGCGUUCCUCACGGAGCGUGGCGUGGCGAACGAGCCAUCGCGUUACUCACUUGUCGUGCUCAACUACUACGACACCGACAGCGCAGGGAAGGCGGACUUCCACGACAUCGAGGCCACGAUCUCCUUCAAGGGUAAGCAGGCGAAGUACACGUUCCCUGUGGGCGUGUCGACGCUGUUCUGGUAUGCGUAGGGUAAAGCUGAUGUCAUGGCCAUUGCAUGUAUUUAUUUGGGUAAUCAUUUGGAGUCUCGUUGUUUUUGGCAAGAGCGGACGCG